CGUUUAAGCCUCCACUAAUCUCUCCCCUUCCCCCUUCACCUCUCUCUCUCCCCCUCUCAUUAACCAGCAUCAGCAGCAGCUUCAUUGAAUCAUCAUCAUCAUCAACAAUCAGAAUUCAUGGGCUGCUUCUCACUCUUUCCCUGCUUCACUUCCUCCAAGCAUCCCAAACUUAAUAAAUCUGUCAACCCAACCGCACCCGCACCCUGCUUCACUUCCUCUUCUUCUUCUGCACUUCAGGGGUAUGACAAGAAUUGUGAGACUGUUUUGAUCAAGUUACCUACACAAGAAUCAACUAAUAUCGGAUCGCUCCAAACCCCUGUUAGGAAAUCGAGGGAUGAUAGUGAAGGUCAGGUGAUCAAAGAAAAUGACAGUAAGACAUCUGUUAUAGAUUUAGAUGUUGAGAUUCUUUCUGAAGAGAAAAAAGAAAAUGGAAAAUUGGGAAUUAUUAUGCAAACUGAAAAUGAAAGAAAGGAAGAAAAAUUAAAUAGUGAGGGGGUUCAAGUUGAAAUUGAGAAUGAUAACAAGAAAGAUAUGGAAGUUAAGGAUGAAAGUGAAAAAGAGAAGGAGAUGAAAACUGAGGUUCCGAGUCGGGCCAUCUCGGAUUCUAGUGUUUCAAGCUACAUAUCUUAUCCACCGAUGCAUAGAUAUGGUAAUCAUGUAACUAAAGAAGAUGCAGAUCAAGUAGUUAUUCAAGAAGAGUCAUCCGAAUCGUUGUUUUCUUUGUCGGUUAAUCCAAGGAGGCAAUCGAUUAAUCCACCCGUUGACGUCGAUGAUAAAGAGGUCAACAGUCCCCUAAAAACUAGUUCUUCACCCAAAAUGGUUUCGAAAACAAUCAAGUCUUGCCCUAAUGAGGAUGCUGAUUCUUUGUUGAACCCAAUUGAGAAUCUUGCUCAAUGGAAAACACUAAAGUCAAUUCCACCAACACCCGUUUUCGAUCUCCAUCAAGAAAAAGAAAAUUUGUAUUUAGAACAAGAAGAUAUCGCUAUCCCGAUAAGUGAAGAACCUAUCUUUAAAGGUUCAGAUAUGAAGGGGAAGGUGAAAAACAACAACACUGCUGUAACAACAAGUCUUUCUAGCUGGUUGGUUGACCCUGAGAAGUCAAAGUCAAUAACAGUAAGCAACCAGGAAGAAAGUCAAUAUUCUACUGGGAAUUCAUAUGCAUACUCUGAUGAGGUAACUUCUUGGAAGAGUUUCGAAGAUAGACCGAUUUUAGGGGCGUGGACCAUUGACGAAGUCAAACAGUUAUCGGCGAGAUCGUCUCCAAGAAAGUCGCCAUGUCGUAGCCCUGACGAGACACCGAUCAUAGGGACUGUUGGGAGUUACUGGAGUCAUACUAUGCAAACCACAGACUCUUCAAGUGCUUGCACAUCUCCCUUAGGAAGGUCUGCAAACUCCAGAAGGAACAGAGUGAAUAAAGCUGUAAGCUGUCACUCUUCUCCCACUAAGAGGAGGUUGGAUAGAGCAUUCAACAAGAAUGGUGUUUGAGUUUAAGUUAUAAAGCUGAGUAUGGGAAGCUUCAAAAGUACAGUCAUCUUAUCUUAUUUUAAUUAUUUCUAUCUGUUGUUGAAUAAAUGGGAUGAAAGUGUUAUCAUUCUCCAGUCUUGUUAUAUAUUAUCUUAGUUAUUUUGAAUCCAUUUGUGAUUUGACACAAGGGUUAUUCAUCACAUAAAGCCGUAGUUUUGGUUGCAACUUUGUGAGGAUGAAACCGAUGAAUGAUGAUGCUCUAGUUUUCUUUAAUCAUUCAUUGUUUAUUUAUUUUGACCUUAUGAAUGGAAAUCGGAUCUCUGAGUAUUAUGUA